AUGAACGAGUUCUCCUCCGCCGAGUUCAAUUUCGGUGCUGAUCCAGAAGCUGCCAAAAUCGUCAUAGAAGAGAUGAACACUCCAAUCACCAUGGUGCCGUGGGAAAACGCGUACUUGAAUGGAGCCCAGCACGAAAAGCUGGUUGACUUCGAGGCUCAUCUCAGAGUGGAUACUCCGUUGGCGUCAUUCCUAACAAUGGCAACACGUAUCGGACAUGGCGUAAUGGCUAAGAGCGGCCGCCAGUAUGGUUACUGUGACGAAAUUGCUGUUGCCGUAGCCAUCGAUGAAAAAGCUAUAGCAACGAAAACGAUGGAUUUGCGUCUCGGUAUAGAAGUGAAUGGACAAAUGACGAGAGGUCAAGUGGUCGUCGAUUGGUGUGGUGUACUGUAUGGGCAUGACGGUACAUUGAUUGACGCCACUACAGCCCAUGAAGUGGACCGAACACGACCUACCGUUCACGUUAUAGUUAAUUAUGAUGUGAAUAUGCUUGACGCAUGGAUGCACAAUACCGUACUCAGCAAAAAAGAACCAUGGUGA